ACCAAAACAGCUAGUAGCAUCAUGUUGGGAUGUGUUCUCCGUUUGAUUCUCCUGUUCCUGACAUCCUUUCUAGGUGUUUCCCUGGGUGCCAACAUCUUCUUCAAGGAAGGGCAGAGCUGCCACAAGCCACUACCAGAACCUAUCCUCGCCCCCAUGAAUAUUUGGACAUUUCUGUGUUGCCCAAGACCUGGGACUGGAGAAAUGUAAAAGGUGUCAAUUAUGUGAGCGCCACACGCAACCAACAUAUCCCUCAGUACUGUGGAUCCUGUUGGGCUCAUGGAAGCACCAGUGCCUUAGCAGAUCGCAUCAACAUCAAGAGGAAAGGUGCUUGGCCCUCAGCUUUCCUCUCUGUUCAGCAUGUUAUUGACUGUGCCGGGGCUGGGAGCUGUCACGGUGGGGACCACAGUCUUGUCUGGAGUUAUGCACACAACCAUGGAAUCCCAGAUGAGACAUGCAACAAUUACCAAGCUAAAGACCAAGCAUGUGAAAAGUUUAACCAAUGUGGCACUUGUGUUACUUUUGGACAAUGUCAUGUGAUACAGAACUAUACUCUCUGGAAAGUGGCAGAUUAUGGCCAUGUCAGUGGGCGAGAAAAAAUGAUGGCAGAAAUCUAUGAAAAUGGUCCUAUCAGUUGUUCAAUCAUGUGCACACCAAAGCUGCAUGCAUACACUGGAGGACUUUAUGCAGAAUAUAACCCCUCACCUUCUACAAACCACGUUGUUUCCAUUGCUGGCUGGGGGUUGGAAAAUGGAACAGAAUACUGGAUUGUCCGGAAUUCUUGGGGUGAGCCCUGGGGUGAACAAGGCUGGUUUAGAAUUGUGACAAGCGCAUAUAAAGAGGGAAAAGGAGCAGACUACAACCUCGCUAUUGAAGAAAAAUGCUCUUAUGGAGACCCAAUUGUUUCCUGAGUUUGUAUGCAGUUCUGUUUGCAAUUGUGGUUUUGGAAUGCAAGGACACUGCCAGCUGGUUGUUUCUUCUCUUCAAACAGAUAAAUCAAUUUACUUAUGGACUCAGAAAUGGUAACCUAACUGAGUCCAUUUUCUCAUGUGUGCCUGCCUGGGCUUUGAAAUCUUCCAAGGAAGUCCUUCUUUCAGUGAUACCACUCCCAUAGACAUGUCUGAUGAGAAUAUGGAAAAGAGAUUUUUUUUACUUUCUACUCUAAUUUUCUGGACCACCCUUCUUACAGAGGAUAAGCUAGGGUCCUUCUGUCAGCAGCUGAAGACUUUUUGUGUGUGUGCUGUUCUAUUUUUAAUUCUUGCUUUUUCAUGGAUACAUUUUAAAUUGCUUUUAAUUAUAUAUUUGCAUAUGUACCUUUUUGCAGAGACUUUUUAAAAUUUAUAUCUGUUCUAAAUUUUAUAAGGCAUCUUGCAUCCCACUGCUGGGAAA